AUGGCCACGAUGAAGAGUAUGAAACUUUAUAUUUCCGUCUUUGUUGUUUAUCUUAUUGAGUUUUGUGUGAGUAAAGAAUCCACCAAACCAAUUGAAAUCACAGAAGACAACUGGACUGAUAUCUUGAAAGGGGAGUGGAUGCUGGAAUUCCAUGCCCCAUGGUGCCCUGCAUGUAAAAAUUUCCAGUCUACAUGGGAAGCCUUAGCUAAAUGGAGUGAUGAUUUGGAUGUUGGAAUUGGUCAGACAGAUGUCACAGAAAACCCAGGUUUAAGUGGAAGGUUCUUUGUGACUGCUUUACCUACAAUCUACCAUGUAAAAGACGGAGUGUUUCGAGUGUAUUCAGGAUCGAGAAAUGAAAAUGACAUCAUCAGUUUUAUAGAUGAAAAGAAAUAUUUAGAGUUGGAUCCAGUAUCAUGGUUAACAGACCCAAAAUCUUUACAAAUGUCUGCUGUGGGUAUGUUUUUUAAAGCUGCUAUGGUCAUCAGAAAUAUAUACAAUGUAAUGAUUAGUGAUUAUGGAAUACCAGAAUGGGGAUGUUAUAUUAUUUUUGCUCUACUUACCAUAGUUUUUGGUUUACUAUUUGGUUUGAUAUUAGUUUGCUGCUGUGAUUUAUUAUUCCCUCCAAAAUACAUACAAAGACAACAACGAGUCCAGCCAGAGGCAGAGAAGAUGGAUGAGUCAGAUUUGCUGGACGACACCCCACAAGAAAAUGGUGAGGAAGAAACAACAGAAGAUACGACAGAUCAAAGUAAAGUACGGAAAAGACAAACUCGAAGAGAUUAG